AUGACUCCCCGGUGUGAUUUGGUUACUGCGCCGACCAGUGUUACGCUCAACGAAGCGAACGUUAUUUUGAUGAAAUCGAAGAAGGGAAAGUUACCCGUGUUGAACGACAAGGAUGAGUUGGUUGCAUUGAUCUCCCGAACAGACAUCAGAAAGAAUCGAGACUACCCACUUGCAUCAAAGGAUAGCAGCAAGCAGUUGCUUGUUGGAGCUUCCAUCAGCACCAGACUUGAAGACAGAGAGCGAGUAAGACUCCUUGUUGACGCUGGUGUCGACGUCAUCGUCAUUGAUUCGUCUCAGGGGAACUCGCAUUACCAAAUUGAUAUGGUAAAAUACAUCAAGGACAAGUAUCCUCACUUGCAAGUGAUCGGGGGAAAUGUUGUAACUCAAAAUCAAGCGUUUAAUUUGAUCAAAGCCGGUGUUGACUGUUUACGAAUUGGAAUGGGCUCGGGCUCUAUUUGCAUCACACAAGAAGUCUGCGCGGUUGGCAGGCCACAAGGAACAGCUGUCUACAGAGUUUGUGAGCUUGCCAAGAAGUAUGGUGUGCCGUGUAUUGCCGAUGGUGGGAUAAAGAAUGUUGGGCAUGUUACGAAAGCUCUGAGCCUAGGAGCGUCAACUGUCAUGAUGGGAUCUUUGCUAGCAGCGACGAGUGAAUCGCCUGGUGAAUAUUUCUAUCAAGAUGGAGUUAGAUUGAAGAAGUACCGAGGAAUGGGCUCGCUGGAUGCAAUGAAACACAAGGCAAGCCAGAGUCGAUACUUCUCGGACAAGGAUAAGAUAAAAGUUGCACAAGGUGUCUCGGGUGCAGUGCAAGAUCGUGGCUCAAUUUACGACUACAUUCCGUAUCUCAUCGCGGGAGUCAAGCACGGUAAACAAGAUUUGGGAAUCAAAUCCGUUCGUGACAUGCACAAAGCUCUCUACAGUGGUGAAUUGAGAUUUGAAAGACGGUCGGCGGCUGCACGUGGCGAAGGAGGAGUUCAUGGUCUUUAUCACUUUGAAAAGAAGCUUUACUGA